AUGAGUUGCCUCUUCUUUAAGAGGAUAGAAGAAUGCGGUAAUUAAGUAUUUUGGUUCUCAAGAAUACAUAUUUGAAAAGAAUGUGGGACUUUUUUUCCUAUUAUGACAAAAGAAAGUAUAGUUACUUCUUUAAUGAUGGUAAUGAUUUUUUUUGGGGGGGAGACGAACAAUAAUAUUUUGGCUAAUGAAAUACACAGAUUAAAAGUCCCAGAUUUAGUUGAAAUAUUUAUUCAUGAAUCCGAAACUACUUGUGUUCAUCCUCCUAAUCUGUGCAUUUCAUCAUCACAAAAGGAAAAAAUGAGCUACUUCCUCUUCAGUUGGAUAGAAGAAUACCAUGAAAUGGGGGACUGUUUUCUUGAGAAAAUCGGGUGCAGGCUGAAAAUCUGCAUCAAAGAUGGCAACAAACUCGUAGUCCUUGAUGUAGUCGCAACUCAUGGCAGAUUUCAAGUUCCCUGCCUUGUAGCCCGUUCGGAUGAGCCGAUGCCUGUACAAGAUCCUCACACCUUUCUGUUGCCACUUCUGUACUUCAGCCUUUACAAGGUUCUGUACAUCCAUGUCGUCAGAGUCAUCUAGGACCUGGACAAGCAUCCUCUCCCUUGGCCAAUCCUGGACGCAGAUUGCUGCUAUAGAUUGCCGAUAGACCUGCAGAUCCCAAAAUUAAUGCCCACGGAGAAUCUGAAGAAUCUUUCGAGAACGAAGAGGACUGCUUAAAAUCAGUGAAAAUGUGCUUGAUUAUGGAGAUUAAUGGAGCUUUUUAAUUAAAAAAAUUAGGCCAAAUGGACAUCAGGUUAGGAGCACAAAUUUGAUAGAAGAUAUGAUGAAUCAUGAAUGAAAAAACAUUAAGCCUCUCUAUUUGGCAUCUUUUUUUUCUGUAAUCAUAUUUCCCCUGACUCGUGGGUGUACUAUCCUUCAAAGCUCUAA